AUGCCAACCCCACUAGCCUUCUCAGUGGCCAUUGGGCUCAUUAUUUACUUAGCCAUCCUAAAACCCACAGAGGUUUCCAAACAAGCAUGGCGGUUGUUCGCCAUCUUCUUCACCACCAUUGCCGGACUUAUACUGGGGCCUUUACCUAUUGGUGCAUGGGCCUUCGUCUGUUUGAUGAUCACCGUGAUCACCAAAACCCUGAAGAUCAAAGAUGCUCUUUCAGGGUUUACGAACGAUAUUAUAUGGUUGAUCGUUCUCUCGUUUUUCUUCAGCAGAGGGUUUUUGAAAAUUGUUCUUGGUGAUCGGUUGGCAAUGUACUUCGUAAAAUGGUUUGGCAAGAGCACUUUGGGUUUGGCGUAUGGGUUGGCAAUCGGAGAAGCUAUAAUUUUGCCGGCGAUGCCAAGUGCCACCGCCAGAGCUGGUGGAAUAUUCUUGCCCGUCAUCAAUUCCUUGGCCAUCGCCAGUGGGAGUAGUCCUAACGACGGUUCUGCUCGUAAACUUGGCACAUAUCUUAUUGAGUCUCAAUUACAGGUGCAUGUUGGUUAUGUAAAGCUCGGGGAUUUCUUUAAGCUUGGAAUCUUGAUGGCUUUGAUCAAUAUAACAGUUUUGGGGCUAGUUGGAGCUCUAUGGUGGAAGGUUGUAGGACUUUACUGA